AUGGCGGGUUUGUAUCUCUGUCUGUAUGUCUUUCUGUCUGUCUGUCGGCUUGGGCUUCCAACAGGUGGCUUCCAGCAUGUGGCUUCCAACACGGGCGAAGGACUCGAAAAGCCGACGGGAAUGAUGGACUGUGUCUUGCGGAUCCCGGCGUGGAGGGCCCUCGGGAACCGCUGGCGGGCGAACACAUGGCGCUCUGGUCAUCGUGAAGCCUGCUGGGGCGGACCUGCUUCUGCUUCUGCUAACUCUACUGCUUCUGUUUCUGAUGUUGCUGACUCUGCUGCUGACUCUACUGUCACAAAACAGUGUAUGUUCGUAAUCAUCAAGAUGUUGCCCUUCCGUGUAGCGCCUUAUCUCAGUCUCCUGCUGGUGCUCUGUGGCUCCGCGCUCGCCCAAGAGACCGAGCAGCCGCCCACAGGACUCCCGCCCGUGUUCGACAUCGACUUUGAAUCCACUGACGCCCAAGUCACGGGAUGCCCUCCGGAUAAGUCUCCUCAGGUGUCCUUCGAGCUGAUAACCGGCUACGUGUAUUCCGCGCCGGCCGAUAUGCUCGACUCGCAACCGGGGACGCUGAUGUUAACAGACUGCAUUGAUAUGUGCAGGAAGAAUCGGUCGUGUAUGGCCGUUAACUACGAGACCGGCCUGUGCGUUCUCUUCUCGUCCAACGCGGAUAUGUAUCCAGGCGCCCUCACGUCCUCGCAGUUCCCAGUCUUCACCCUCUACGUCCAGAAGAACUGCCUGAAGGACGCCCCGACCUGCGACAGGGCGUGGAGCUUCGAGAGAGUCAUGGGCUUCGAACUCGCCGGCUACGCGAGGAGGAGUAGGAGGGUUGCUUCGAGGGAGGACUGUGAAGAGCUGUGCAUGAGCGAGACCGAGUUCUUGUGCAGAUCCGCGAACUUUAACAACGCCACCGGGGACUGCCAGAUCUCCGACAUGGACCGCCACACCACCGUGGGCACCGGGGCAUUCAAGGUGGCCGAGAACAGCGACUUCCUGGAGAAUAACUGCGUGGACGAUCCCGUGAGGCUUUGCGAAUUCCAGAGGAUGGAGGGACGCAUCCUGAAGACCGUCGACUCGGUGUUCCAGGACGUGGAGAGUCUGGAGGACUGCAAGCGUCUCUGUCUCACCGCCCCCUUCAGGUGCUACUCCUUCGACUUCGGCGACACCGGCGACAAGGUGUGCCGCCUGUCCCACCACUCCGCCGCCACGCUCACGCACAUCGAGGAGCCGUACCUGGAGAUUGCCGAGACCGCCACUUACGAGCUCUCGUCCUGCUACAACGUGACAAUCGACUGCCGCUCCGGAGACAUGGUGGCCAAGAUCAAGACGUCUAAGAUCUUCAACGGCAAGAUCUACGCCAAGGGCUCACCCAACACUUGCGUCAACGACAUCGAGAACGCACUCGAGUUCGAACUGCAGAUGACUUACAACGACAUCGACUGCGACGUGGAGCGUGACAGCGCCUCCCGCUACAGCAACGACGUGGUCAUCCAGCACCACGACAUGAUCGUGACCUCGGCCGACUUGGGGCUCCGAGUACACUGCCAGUACGACCUGACCAACAAGAGCGUGAGCAACCGCGUCGACCUGAACGUGGAGGAGGACCUGAGCCCCAUCAUGGAGGAGGGCAGCACCGUGGACUCCCCCAACGUGAUCAUGCGCGUGACCAACCGCAACGGCGACGACAUCGCUGACGCCUCCGUCGGCGACAUGCUCCAGCUGCGCUUCGAGAUCGUCGACCGCAACUCCCCCUACGAGAUCUUCGUGCGCGACCUGGUGGCCAUGGACGGCGGAAACACCAAGAACCUCACGCUCCUGGACGGCCGCGGAUGCCCCACUGAAAUCUCCAUCAUGAGGCCACUCCUCAAGGUCGACAGCACCGGCAAGGUCCUCGGCGCCACCUUCGACGCCUUCAAGUUCCCCACCAGCGAUGUCGUCCAGUUCCGAGCCCUUGUGACGCCGUGCCUGCCCACCUGCGAGCCCGUCGUGUGUGACGUCAUGGACUUCGGUGGCCAGGUGAAGCAGGCCGAGAGCUACGGAAGGAAGAAGAGGGCCAUCUCGAGGGCGAGGCGAGAGGCCACGAAUGAGAUCCCCGAAGAGCUCCUGGUGGUGCAGUCCAUCAACAUCUUGGACAAGUUUGCCUUCAGACCUCAGACCCAGAGCCGAGAGAACGCCGCCAACAACAACAGAAAGGAGACCGUCACCGCGACCGACGGCGACCCCGAGCUCGUGAUGCAGGAGGACGUGUCCGGCGUCUGCAUCAACAUGGUGGGCCUCGUGCUGGCGUGCUCCGUGUUCCUGGUGGCGCAGCUGGUGAUCAUCGUGGCCUGGACCGCCGUGUGGCACCGCCGCCGCAGGAGCAAGCUGGAGGAGCCCCUCAGCCCGGCCACCACCACCGAGUCCCUCCGCCAGCUCUACGACUCGGGCUACCCACGCAGGAUCUAACGCCGUCUCCCCGCUCGCGCCGCCGUUGCACUCACCGACGCCCUGCGCCCCGUCCUGAGGGUGUCCUUCCGGGCCAGCGACAGCCCGAGGCGCGGCGCGGACGCUCCCCGCGCCGCGCCGUCGCCUCCCGCCGUCCCCGCGCCGCGUCGUCCUGCAUACGUCCGACAGGAUUCCCUCUAUCCGAUGGAAAUCCUGUAGGGACGCAGGUGGACGGGAGGAGACACGCAGGACCCCGGAGUCGCAUGGUGUCACGUGCAGCGCCGUGGCCUCACCCAGACAGCGCAACGACCGACCCCCCGAAGUCCUACUCCUGCGACGGCCUCCCGCGGUCUUGGUAACGCGGAGGGAGCGCAGGAAGUGAUAGGCCUACUCCACAAAUACCCGACUAACUAACCAAUUAACCCAGCCAGACUGCCUGCACGCACACACGUCGCAUGCAAGCAGUCUAUACGAGGUGGCCGAGCGGCUUACGGACGUGUGAACUCGAACCAACGCCGUCCAAAGGUGUCCACUUACUCUGGCCGAUAUCGUGAUUACGCCUUUCCACUUUUCUCUUCUUAUUCUUCUAUUUCUCCUCCUUCCAAAUCUUUCACCGCUACGACUCGACCACGACUACUUCCGGUGAACUCCACCUUAGUGCGACUACCAUGACAUUAAAAAAAAAAGAGAAAAAUCCGCAGGCAUUUCAAAGAAGUUUUAAUUCAAUCACAUAUACUUCAAGGCUAUUACCAAGGGCAUUAUAAUAGCGACGGGUCUUGGGAUUCGCCGCGCACUAACACUACUAGUGAUAAGAAGUUAUUCUAACCCUAUUUUAAAUCAUGUGAAAAUACGCAGUGUCCCACGAGUGUGUGUAGGAUACCAUGUGAUAUAAACUUUUUUGUUUCCUUUUUUUUUUACAAUACGAAACGGACAAUUAUACUAAACCAAGUCGGACUGAAACCAAAACUCAAGUGACUGUUGAAAACGAAGUGAUUUUGUUUAUUUAUGCAUUAAUUGACCUAUUUAUUGGAUAUCAUUUUUAGAUAUAUUGAUUAAGGUACUUUUCUUCUUCCCUAUCUUCUUCCUCGCGACCUGGUGCUGACAAGUCGACGGCUAUUUUAGGUGAUGGUGCUUCUGGGGCUACUAGGGGAGAGGCAGAGGGGCCAAAGAGAGUGAAAUUGUGUCGUUUUUUUUUCGUAUUUGUGUCUUCAGUUCAUGUUGUUUCCAGUGAUCCAUUUAUCAACACGUGCAUUUGUUUGUUCAAUAUGUCUGUGCAUGGUGUGUUGCAUGGCAUCGAAUAUGUGUUGCUUGUUACGUUAUUUUGAUAUUUAUUUUCGACUAUUUAUUAACAUGUGUAUGGUAAUUUAUUCGUUUGUGCAUGAUACGUAUGCAUGUUAACACACACAUCCACACACAAACUUAUAAAGUGGUUAAAAGUCAUUACACGUUGAGAAUAUAGAGGCAUUAAUUAUUCUAAUAUUCUAAGUUACCUGAAUACCAUAAGUUCUCCUUCAGUGUUGCAGACUUAGCCAAAACAUGCUUUCAAGUUCGUUGCAAAGUCCAGAUCGAUUGAAGAUUGCAUUACUCGAUCUAACCCCUCCCCCACACCCCCCACACCCUCUCUCUCUGUCUCUCUCCCCUGCUUAUGGUGCUGGUGUGUUUUUUUUUUUUUUUUAAAGGGAAUUUAUAAACCGAUUAUCUCAAUUAUUUAUAUCAACAAAGGAUUUAAAACAAAGAAAAAAACUGAUCAGAGAAAAUACAAUAGGGCGAUGAUACAUAACAAUACCUUAAUUUGUUUGUUUGUUUGUUUGUUUCUAUCACUACAGCAUCUGAUCAUAUAUAGUGAAGAUUUUGUUUCUUGUUUGGGACCACACGCUUUUAACAUAGAGCGCUUAAGAGAAAAUAAUUAAUGUGUGUUUAGGAACAAUUCUUCCCAUCCUCCAUUUCAUUUUUCUUUUCCUUUUUUUUUUUCUCCUGCAGGUGUUCAGUCUAUCAAAAUAGAUUAGUUGAUAAAGACCACCUCUAUCUAUUGUAGUUAAAAUUAUAUUUUCCAUUAACACCUAUUAAAUGUCUAUCUGUAGUUGCAUAGUAUAUACUGAUGUAUCUGAUUGCUCAAUUUGCUUGGCAGGAAAGAAGUUGAUAUCAAAUUCUCCAUUGGAGGAUUAUUAAGCAUAUAUCGAUAAUACUUUACUGUCAAAUUCUGAUUCUAAAGUCACUAAUAGGUUUUGCACUAAUAUUGUUUGAAUUCCAAACUGUAUUCUGCCAAAGUAGUUUCUUUGUAGUAAUAACAGUCAAUAUUAUUUUUCUAUAUUACUAUUCAUCAUCAGUAACCCGUAGUUUGCUUCGCUUAUUAAUACAAUUAGACGCUUUGCUUAUGCUAACUCUUUUUUUUUUUUUUUUUUUUUGCUUGCUUGCUUGCUAACAAUUUUGCUUGCAUGUCUUACUAACCGCUUCCAUUGCUUAAAAAGUUUCCGAGGCUUUGCUUAGCGAGAGUGCAACUAUUAUAUAAAACACCAAAUUACUUUUUUUUUUCUUUUUUUACAUUAUAUUGAUGAUUCGUAAAACUAAAUUUCUGCACUGCUCGCUCUUACCAAAACCCUCAGAUACUAUCGCUUACCGCUUUGUUGCAUAUGCAAUUUCAAGUUGCGUAUUGUUGCUAAUGCUUUGCUUGCGCAUGGUAGUUACUAACAUCACAUUGCCAGUAGAAAUUCCAUCGCACUCUUUCAUUAACUAACAUAUCUUCGUAGAUCCUUUCGCCAUAAUAAUAUAGGAAUCACAUUCAUAAUUUUAUGUGAUUUCAGUACCAAAGUAUUGCUGAAACUCUUGAGUUGUUUUAGUGUACUUUAUAGACUGCGUAUAUAAGCUUUAAUAACCGCUGAUUAUUUUUAAUCAUUAAAGAAAAACAUUGAUAAUUCUUUUCUCGGUGGUCCCAGCAUGCAUAACUUUGCUAUACCGUAACAAAGACUGUUGGUAAAUACGAUGGUUAAAUUAUACACACAACAGAUAAUCUUACUAUUAAGAUUUGGAAAAUACUUAAAAAAAAAAAUAGUAUACAAGCCAAGUACUAUGGAUAUACCAGACGGGCAUACAACCAUACCACAGAUUAGCAUACCAUAAUUUACCUCGGGUUUGUGCAUUUUCUUAUAAAAAAGUUGCCAAUAUUUUUAUUUCAUUUUUUUUUUCUCUCUCUCUUCAGACUAAGUAGAAAGUGCUUUUUAUUUAUGUGUAAGUUUGAAGCCCAAUGCGGUGACAACUUCGCGACUGUGCCUUGUAGAAACUGACUUAGUGAGAAUGCUUGUUAGGUAUGCUUGCGUUUUGCAUGAUUGCUUGUGAAUGACGUUAUGAGUGCUUGUGUUGACAUUUUUUUUUUUUUUUUUUUUUUUUGUGUGUGACGGAUGACGAUAAGGGCGUGAAUUGCAGUGAUUAUACACGUGCUUGUGGCAUUAUGUACUGUGUUUCCUUCAUGCAAUGUAGAUUGUAAGAUUUUCCUAUGUAUUUGUACCAAAGUACACAAAA